UUCUUGGUGCUCGAUUCGAAAUUUUGGUAUUUAUUGAAUUUUCUCUAAUAACGAUGUCGUGCAGCAGCGAAUCUGAAAGCGAUACUACCUUCGUGGUUGACUAUAAUCCUGUCGUAAAGUUUAUGAAUGCAUUUCCUGUUGGUUUCUUCACACCAAACGACGGAACGAUGGCCAACUUGUUUGAAGAAAUCAAACUUCAUAUUGGCAAACUUUUCGAUGUGAUCAAGAAGUGCACUGAUAUCGUCGACUGCCAUGUUGUUGAACAAUUGAAAAAGAGAUGCUAUCAAAAGACGGCCUUUAAUGAGAUUAAAAAUGCAGUUCAGUUCAUUCUCGAUCGAUUGGUGCAACUUCAUUCCUAUGCAGACAACAACGAUGUUGCAGAUUAUGUGGAGUUAUGUGGCAACUUCUUGAAACGGCUAGUGGAUGCAUGGAACAACUUUUUCGCCAGACUUUACCGAAUCAGUUUUACAAAGCACCAAAAGCGAGCCGAACGGUACUUGAAGAGACGACACAGACUGGCUGAAUGUCAAACGCAGAGUCUGCAAAUCAAAUUGCAAAAACUCGUCCUGAAGAUGAAUGGUGUCUUUCCAACUUGCAAAGUGAAGCCUGCGAUCAAGAUAAAGGAAUGCUUCUUCGAUAGCUUGUUGCUGUUCCAUCUGGCAAAACUUAAAUUCGAAGUGCAGUGCGCAGAAGAAACAGAUAGUGAGGAGGAGACACCGAAAGAUGAAGACUUGUCAAAAAGAAGGAAACUUCAAGGAAGAAAAAGAAAGAGAGCUUCCACUGAAAAUUGUUUUCAUAAAAGCAAGGAAAACGCCGAGGACAGGAAUACUUUGAACACACGAAUGGCGACAGGAAUACCCUACGGUGGCAUUAGGUUGACGCUGAAAAGAGAUGGAAGGAGAUGGGUGGCUUGUUUUCAAGAGUGUAAUACACGUCAAGUGCAGAGGAAUGAAGAUGUCACAGACAAAAAUUCAUUUGCUUCGAAGAAGUCUUCCAAAAGACGUCGUUUAAGCAGUGACAUUCAAUAGUUGUCUCUCAAAACUGUUUCAAGAAAUACUGUUUUUAAAGACAUUUAGAUGCUUAAUUUAGACUUCUGUAUUGCUGUUUGAGGUACAUAGAUGUGGACAAAUCUAACCAUGAUGUUGCUGUUGUCCUCUUUAAAAAUUGUUAAGGUUGAAAGGCAGCUUUAUGUGUCGCAAACUUCAAGUAGCUGAAAUGCGUUCACAUUCAGAAGAAAACCGUGCAGAUUUUUACACGGAAAGGAAUAUGUUUUCUUAUUCAGCAGAAUAUAAAUUUUCACAUUCAACAGAUUAUUUCCAUUCACAUUCAGCAAAACAAUUGAUUGUCAUUCAUGCUAAAAUUAUUCAUUCGGGCAACUAUGAAAAAUCCCAUUCGGUCUGAGGCAAGAGGCAAGAACGACUGAGGCAAAUUAUAAGGGAAGAAAUUGUCAGAAUAACUCAUGUUCCUACAAGUUGAUAUAAUGUUUUCGCUAGAACUGAUUGGGAACGCUGCCAGGACGACCGCAAACGAGUGUCGCAUUAAGGAUCUGGCGUAACUAGGCCGAGUUUAUUGAGCCCUAGCGUAAGCGCUCCGAAGUGCAUCGACAUCUGCCUUUAUCAACAGAUAUUUUGGUAU